AUUCUCAGUAUUUCAGAUGAAGAUAAGAUAGUUUUGCCAACAAGUAUGAGAAGCUUAUGCAAUUGACGUGAUUAAACAGUUACAACCAUCAAGCAAAGAUGAAUUUUUGGUACUCAGCAUUGUGUUUAUUAUUUCUCCAUUUUUCUGUAAAUGCCUUUGAAGAAUUCACAAGGGAAAGGUUGGCUCGACUUCGGGACGAGGUGCGGGAGAUGUUUCAGCACUCGUACGAGGGCUACCUGCGCCACGCCUACCCGCUGGACGAGCUGCGGCCGCUCACCUGUGACGGUAUCGACACCUGGGGAUCGUACUCGCUGACGCUGAUCGACGCGCUCGACACACUGGCCGUCAUGGGAAAUAACAGCGAGUUUCGACGGGUGGCUGAGCUGAUUGUGACGUCCCACUCGGACAUGGACCUCAACAUCAACGUGUCCGUGUUUGAGACCAACAUUCGGGUGGUGGGCGGACUGCUCAGCGCCCACCUGAUGCUCGACAGGGGUGGUGCGCCGCUGCCGCCCGGCUGGCCCUGCAACGGACCGCUACUGGCACUGGCUGUGGAUGUGGCCGACCGGAUCCUGCCCGCCUUCGACACGCCCACCGGUAUGCCGUACGGCACGGUGAACCUGCGGUACGGCGUUCCCCCGGGCGAAACACCCAUCACCUGUACUGCCGGCGUGGGCACUUUCAUCGUCGAGUUCGGCACUCUCUCCAGGCUCACAGGCGACUCCUUAUAUGAGCGUGUGCCCUGCGCGCCCUGUACGCUCUCUGGGAGCGUCAGUCUACACUCGGUCUUUUCGGCAACCACAUCAAUGUUUGACCG